UCUAGCUCCAGUCAGUGGGGCUCAACUCCGUCUGUGUGGGAGUGUAAGGCUCCCUCGCUUAAAAUGUGGGAAUUGUAAAGAAACAACGUGACUUUUUGAAGAGAGGAGACAUUCCGGAGAUGAUGGAACAGUAUGUUUAUACCUAACUUUCUUGUGGUGGUUGUAAUUAGGAAGAUCAGAAGAUUCCUGUUACCAUGGCUAAGCUGUGGACAGAGGAUGCAGAUGUUGGAGAGUUAUUAUCCAGUAUUCAUCUUGAGAAAUAUGAGAACGACUUCAGACAAGGAGGCUAUUGCACUGCUAGAGACCUUUUUUGCCUUGACAAUGACACUCUAUCUAAGAUUGGAGUAAUAGCCACUGGCCACCGCAAACGGAUCUUAAAACUUGCCAAACAAAUACAGGACGGGUCACUUUCAGAAGAGGGAGAGGCAUCACUAGAUUGUCUCAUUACAGAGCCUACUCUUGAGACAGGGCUCCAGCAAGAGUUAAAUGACUUGAAAGUGUAUAGUAACCCAACUAUUCCUGAAAGAAAAAAUAUGGCUUCUAAAAUGUCUGGCACAUUUGUGGAGUCAAUAAAGGAAAAUGUUGCAGUUGUAGAGAAACCAAUCCCAAAACCUAGGACAGUAUUCAGCAAGACAAAACCAUUAACAGAUACUUUACCACAAGUUACAACUGCAGCUCCAGUGUCUACAGAUGUAUCACCUCAGGAAUCCACUACAAGUCCUUUCAUUGUUUUGGAAGGUUUUCGUCCUGGGGAAUCAAGCACAGAUAAUGAAGAUACUGACCUUGAAGAAUUACCGAGCACGAAAGGUUUUCAGAAAGGCAUUAACAGCUGGAGCUCCACUGAAUCUAUACCAAAACCAGAGCAAAUAUCUGAGAACCUACCUCCAGUUCCACCCCGAAUCCACCGAGGAAUUCCCCCAAUCAUUUUUUGUGGCAAAGCAGAGCAAGAAGAGAACUUGGCAUCACCUCUGUCAUCCUCUCCUUGCUCGUAUAGUAGCACUGGAGAAACAUCGCCUUCUGUUCCAAGUACCCCAGAAAAACAGGUGGAAAUGGUGCCAAAUGAAAUCUAUUUAGGUAUCACCAAUGUCACUCAGGAAAUCCCACAUCCACGGCCAGUCCCACAACCUCCAUUCAGAAAGGAAGCCAGUGCCUCAGCUGAAAAUAUCAGAUGUGUGGGGGUAUUAAAGGAACUAACCAGAAUUCCUUCAGUAAUGCUCAACCGCCGUUUAAGUAGCAGCAUGGUGGAGUUAACAGUGAUCCCUGAGCCUGCCAGUAGAGACAGAGUUUUACUGGAAGAAGAGAUUAACCCAUAUUGUGAAACUGUGUUUCACAGAAUCAGUUCAGAUCAUCAGCAGAUUUCUAAAAAUCAAAGGAACACAGAGUCUGGUACUUGCAACCAGGAUCAUCUAGGGACUUUCAGGCAGAACUGUGCUACCAAAGACGGGCUGAUCCCUAGCACUCCAUUAAACAAGUCUGAAGAUUAUUUCACAGUGGGAGUACCUCACACAUCCAGUCUGUCAUUCUGUCUUCCUGCCUGUUCCUAUAAUGAUGAAUAUGCUGAUGAUCUGACCAUUUCCCCUUAUGCAAGUUUUACAUUUGCUGCGGAUCCAGCCCACCCCAUCAUCAGUGGCUGGCUGGAGAAGUUGUCUCCUCAUGGAAACUGUGUGUUUCAAAGGCGCUAUUCCAAAUUUGACGGGAAAAACUUAAUGUACUUUAAUAAUGAAAAGGAAGUUUAUCCAAAAGGGGUAAUCCCAUUGGCUGCCAUCCAAAUGGUGCGACCUGCAAAAGAGAAUAAAUUUGAAAUUGUCACAAGCCAAAGGAUUUUUGUUUUCCGCACUGAGAAUGAAACUCAGCGGAAUCAUUGGUGUAAAACACUACAAGACAGAGUGAAAGAUAAGUUAGUAUCAGCUAAACCCAGAUUAGGGCUGGGCAGUCAAUGUCAGAAGAGUGGCUACUUGGAACUUAAAGGGACCAAAUCCAAAAUCUACACAGCUAUUAUUAAUGACAAGGUGUGGCUUUACAAGAAUGAGCAGUGUUUUAAGAAUGGAAUUGGAAUAACUCUGAUUGAUAUUCGUGGUGCAACAAUAAGAGAAAGCAAACACAAAACAUUUGAGUUGAUAACCCCUUUUAAAACUUUCAGCUUUACUGCCGAGUCUUGGCGAGAGAAAAAAGAUUGGAUGGAAGCUUUACAAGAGUCUAUCGCAGAGACCCUUUCUGAUUAUGAAGUGGCUGAAAAGAUAUGGUCUAACCGAUCUAACAAGAGUUGUGCUGACUGCAAGGCUAUUAAUCCUGACUGGGCUUCCAUCAACCUCUGUGUAGUGAUCUGCAAGAACUGUGCUGGUCAGCACAGAGGCCUGGGUACAACUAUUUCUAAGGUUCAGAGUCUAACACUGGACACAAGUGUAUGGAGCAAUGAAAUAGUACAACUAUUUAUUAUGAUUGGAAAUGAGAGGUCCAACAGGUUCUGGGCAGCUCGUCUCACUCCAUAUGAAGAGUUGGAUCCAGAUUCCACUGCUGAACAGCGCAGGGAAUUCAUUGGCCUCAAAUAUCGAGAUGGCAGGUAUAGACUGCCCCAUCCUAGGUUUGCUACACAGGAUGACCUGUUAAAGGCCCUUUGUACAGCUGUAGCAGAGCAGAACCUUCUUCAAAUUGUGCCUCAGAUCUUUACUGAGGCAGCUGAAGCCCUUGAUUCAAAUUUAUAUGACCAGUGUCAGGCACCUAGUCUUGGACGAGUAUCAGAGCCUCAAAGUUACAAGUCUAUAGAAUCAAGCUCUACAGAAGGACUGGAUACAGGAAGUGUGUACGAUGAAAUCACCCAGCCAGUGAUAUAUUCAGGAUACCUUUACAAGUCAGCAUCAAUUAGCAAAAUAUCAACAAAGAAAAAUAAAGAAGAAUACCAGAAGAAGUGGUGUACCUUGGAUCGUUGUCUCCUCUUCUAUGACUCUGAAAAGAGAAAUGAUCCAAGCCUAAAGAUUGACAUGAAUGAAAUUAUUUGUUUAGGAGUCAGCAGACAUGAGUCUCCUAAUAGUCCCGGACCUUGUGACAGGUUUCGAUAUACUUUUGAAGUUUACUUGGUAUCAGAAAAAGUAUACCAGUUUGGGGUUGAAACUGCAGAAGCUUUGCAUGGCUGGACAAAUUGCAUAGGAAAGGCUUUUACACCCUUGAAUUGCCACUGCCUGCUGGCCAGGGAGUUUGAACGAGUGGGCCAACUGAAAUACAAAGCCAUGCUUGAUCCUGAGCAGUGGAAAGAAGGAUACUUUGUGUUACAGAAAUCUAAUUUGUUCAUUUGUCCUGGAAAUGAAAAGGCUGCUGAAGACAGUGUGAAUCUCAGGCGGCUGCAAGAAUUAAGUGUUACCACACAAAUGGAAAAUAAUGAAAAAAAAGAUAUUUUGGUGCUGGUAGAGAAAGGAAGAACACUGCAUCUCCAGGGAAUGGCCCGGGUUGAUUUUUCACUGUGGUACCAGGACAUCCAGACUGCAGCAGGAGGAAAGGGGAAUGCACUUCGAGACCAACAACUCAGUCGAAAUGAUAUCCCUAUCAUAGUAGACAGCUGUAUUGCAUUUAUUACACAGUAUGGCCUUAGACAUGAAGGAAUCUACAGAAAAAAUGGAGCCAAAUCAAGAAUUAAACUUCUCAUGGAUGAAUUUCGGCAGGAUGCAAGAAAUGUUAGGCUGCGCAUUGGUGACAACUUUAUUGAAGAUGUGACAGAUGUACUUAAGAGAUUCUUCAGGGAAAUUGAUGAUCCAGUAUUUAUGGCUGAACUCCAUCCACUGUGGCAAGAAGCUGCUGAGAUUCCUCAAAAGUUGCGUCGCUUGGAGAGGUACAAAGAUCUCAUUCGAAGUCUGCCUAGGGUCAACAGAACAACUCUCGCCGCACUUAUUGGUCAUCUUUACAGAGUACAGAAAUGUGCAGAUUUGAAUCAAAUGUGCACCAAGAAUUUGUCCUUACUGUUUGCACCUAGUCUGUUCCAGACUGAUGGAAAAGGUGAACAUGAGGUGAAGAUUGUGGAAGAUCUAAUUGACAAUUACCUAUAUGUUUUCAAUAUCGAUGAAGAGCAAGUAAACCAAAUGGAAUUGGAGAUAAGCCUUAUUACAACUUGGAAAGAUGUGCAGUUAUCUCAAGCAGGAGAUCUAAUCAUUGAAGUGUAUUUGGAGAAAAGGUUACCAGAUUGCUGCAUCACCCUAAAAGUGUCGCCCACAAUGAGCGCUGAAGAGCUGACUAAUCAAGUCCUAUACUUGAGGAAUAUACCAGCCUGCGAUAAAGACAUUUGGAUAACCUUUGAAGCCAUAGAAUGUGGAGAGCUUGAAAGACCCCUUCACCCUAAAGAGAAGGUUCUGGAGCAGGCUUUGCAAUGGUGUAAGCUUCCUGUGCCCAGCUCAGCUUAUCUAGUUGUUAAGAAGAUUCCAAGUAUUACAGCUAUUGAUAUUUUUACUGGAUAUAAGAAUGAUGUUGUGAAGGGUGGGAUGCUGAAGUGUCGAGAGGAGCCACCCAAGCUUCUGCAAGGAAACAAGUUUCAAGAGCGACUUUUCCAAAUUAGAGAUCGCAAACUUCUGCUACUAAAAGAUAAGAAGAGUAACAAACCAGAAAAGGAAUGGAUGUUGAAAUCUUUGAAAGUGUAUUUGGGUAUUAGAAAAAAAUUAAAGGCCCCAACACAGUGGGGUUUUACUGUGUUCUUGGACAAGCAUCAGUUAUAUCUGUGUUGUGCAGGAGAGACUGAAAUGUGGGACUGGAUGACAAGUAUAUUGAAAGCCCAGCAUGAUGAUCUGAGGCCUGCAGUUUUACGGCGACAUUCUUCUUCAGACCUUUCCAAGCAGAAAUUUGGAACAAUGCCCUUGGUCCCUAUUCGUGGAGAUGAAAGCAACGCUACAAUGGUUUCUGCCAAUAAGACACUGAGGAAGUUACAUGCUAGGAGGACACUGUCAAUGUAUUUUCCUAUGAAGAUGCAUCAAGACUCUUUUGAGGAGCAGACUGGAAGUGCCGAACCUCUUUACGAGGAAGUAGGCGAAUUCAAUUUGCAGGUGCUAAAAUCUCUCGAGACAAGCUUCUUGACAGGAGCAGAUCCCACCACCAAAGCAGUGGAAAUAGACCUUACAAAGACUGCACCCCCAGAAAGGCCAGUUAGCUUGGACCAAAGGAAGACUGCCUCCCUGGAAAGGAUCAUUAACCCUAGUCCUGCCAAAUCAUUCUCUGUUGAUGGCUGUAGAGGAUUGACUCCUGCUGUCUCCAUGGACAGACUCAGAAGCCCAGAACAUGUCAAGUCUUUAAUUCUAGAGAACAAUUCAGCUAUAACUUCAGAUGAAACCUUUAGACUAUAUCCAAAAACCAAGAGCUUAGGAAUAAAUAGUGAAUCACAAGAAAAACUUCUUCAAGAAUUGACCAGUGCAAUUCAAAAGAAAAGCGAGACUGGGAAUGUACCUAACCAGACAGGAUAGACCAUCUUCUCAGAAAAAGUGUCAUUUUUGAAACCUUUACUUCAGACUACUGAAACCUAAGCCUUUCUGUGACAGCAGUAUCCCAUCAUGUUUUAAAUUGUUCAUCAAUGAAGCACAGAGUACUUAACAAGCAGAACAAAGCACUUUCUUUAUAAAUGCAAUGUACAGUACUCUUGUAUUGAAUUUGUUAAUGGAUGCUGUAAAGUUUUAGUCGAAAACAUGAAGAGAUUUUAAGUUUUCAAGCUAAAAAGCUGGUCUUCGGUGCUUGUUAUAAGAGUAAUGUUGUUCUAAGUGAGAUCAUGUAGUAUGUACUGUUCAUUCCAAACGUUUGUCUCUCUUUCUUCAUAUCAUAAAAUAGAAUGCAAAGUGUAGUUUAUAUUUCAGGACAAAGCAGAAAUCCUACCAUGAAGCUUUUGGAAGAAAUUUAGAAAGAAAUCCCUCAGAAAUCAUGCAGCUUGAAUUGACGUAAUACCUCACUGGAAUUUAAUAUCACCCUUUAUUACAUAUUAAAAAUUGUGCAUUUUAGAAUUUUUCUAGGCAUUCACUCAAACAGAUUCUUAGACUCCAAAUGAGUAUGAGUAUUAGUGGUGCAAUCAUGUUAACUCCUGUGAACACUGUCACUGACAUUUCUGGUUGGGCAAAUCAGACAGCUUGGCUUCAAGUGGUCUGCCCAGUCAUUCUUCAUAGAGCACCAAAUGAACUACAAUGAAAAAUGGUCACAUCAUCAUCUAAACAUUAAGGUUUCAAAAAUCAUAGAUAAGCAAAAAGUAUACCAAUCUUUAUAUCCAGCAGUUUAUGUUUGUUUGUUUUUUUUAAUCAAAAGUAGUCAUUAAUACAUGUUUUGGGUAAAGAACUACUUCAGUGUUUUCAGUUUAGUAACAGUGAAAAAGGUUGUAAAUCUAAAAAAGGUCUUAAUAGAUGAAGUAAGACUUGAUUACUCAUUAUUCUAAAAAUGAAGUAAUUUCAUGAAAGUGUUAAUGUGUUCUGCAUGAUUUUCCUGGCUUGUGAUUUUUUUAAUUUAUGAGUAUUGUGAAUCAACAGACAUUUAAUAGAUAAAGGAUUCUAAUUCCAUGAAGUCCAAGCAGGUCACAGGCAGUGCGCUGAAUUUUGACUAUUUAACUGUGUUUUCUACAUUGUAAAUUUAUUUUAAAUGUACAUUUAUUUAUAUUGUAAAUUUACAUAGUACAUUUACUAUCUAAAUGUUUGUGCAGUUAAAAUGUUUUCGUCAUGUCAAUUACACAGUAAAACACUUUGAGAUAUUGUUUGUUAUAAAAGUUGCAACAUAAAGUGAGCAGUGAUUGAUUUACAGUUCUAAUCAAAUAACAUGUAAUGUAGCAAUGCUAUGUAAAUUUAAACAUCUGAUCUUUUUAAGGUUUUAUGCAAGUCUUCCACUCAUACGUUCACAUCAUACAAAAUGCAAACAUUUUUACUAAAAUGUUGUUAAGUAAGUCACUUACACAAAAUGCUCUGGUGGACUAAAAUGGAAUGCACUCAAACACAACUGGGCAUUGAUAUUAAAGACCCGCCUCCAUCCUUACUCAUUGGUCAGGGGUCCAGCCCAAUAACACCUUAUUCAUUGGCUAACAUUGCACUUCAUGUAAUGACAACGGGGCAAAGUUCACUGAGACAGGUAUACAACUAAGGAUUAAAUGUUACAGAAAGGAGUAUGCAACACUAUAUGUCAGAUAAGCCAUCAUUCUCUGUCAUCUUGGAAAGGAAAGAAGAUUGCUUUUUAUUGCUCUGUUUGAGCUUAAGUAUUCAUCUUUACUGUAAUUUAAUUAUCUGGGUUUUUUAUGAUUUUUGUUUAAUUAAAAACUGAGUCCUUACCAUUUUAAGGUAAUUGUUUGGGAUCACCUGCAGCAGAGAAUACAUAGAAAUAUCUGGAAAUUGAGCAACAAUGAAGAAGACUCUGACCUGUAUUUUUUGUGAUUUUAUUUUAGUCUGUUAUUUUUUUUAAUGAACUCCAAUUUUAAUGGUGCGUAUUAAGCAUGCCAUGCUAAAAUAUACAUACACACACACCUACGCACAUAUAUAACAAGGGGGCUCCGCCCCCUGCUCGCUUCGCUCGCCUACCCCCCAGCAUUGGGUAUCCUGAAAUACAUUAGUCGAGCUCAUUCGUUUUGGAGCCGUGUCCGCUUUGCCCUUGGCAUUUCAGAUGCGUGUGUUCAUGCAGGCUCGUUUUUGUAGCGCCGUUAGUUGAUCUGGAUCGUUUUUUAGCCAUGACCGUGUCUCCAUCAUUUGAGAACCGCGUUGUAGGCGCCCGCGUGCAGUGUUUCCAUGCAGGCGGGCUCGUGUUUGUAUGGCGCUGAUGCCUGCGCCUUCACUCCGCAGUAGUGCCACUCACAAUAUGGCAGUGACGUCUGCACCUUCCGUACUUUAUGGACCCGUGAGGCCUCCGUAGCCUGUUCCGUUUGAAUCUGGGCUGCAGCGCAGAAUCCUCUUUUUUGUGUGGCUGUGUCAGUAGUCGUAAGCCAUGGGCGCGUUGUUGCUUCAUUUCUCAUUAACGUCAGUUGAGCUCUUUCGUUUUUGGGCCAUGACUCCUUCGUGCACGGUGGAUAUGACUCACAUGCGGCUUAUGAGAUGCGCGGUGUACGCGCCUGCGCAGUACAUCUCAUGGUCCCAUCACCGUGUACCUGUGUCCAUGCCAUCCGGUUUACCAUUCUCGGUUAGUAAUAUGGAUUUCUAAUGGAAGAUGUACACAACAGUUUUUUUGAUGGCUUAUACGAACUCAUGAUAGCCAGACUUGCACACUUGGCCAAGAACAAUUUUGUGUUGUGUGUAAUAAACAUUACUGCUAUUUCUCAGAAACUUGUCCGUGUUUCUAAUUUCCUCUUGCAUACUUGAGAAUUUGAAAGAAAGGCUAAGGGAUUUUAUUUUAAUUUUCUUUUAGAGCAGUGACAUGCCUUGUUGUCUCACACUGGGGUUUCACUUCUGCUCUGACUUACUAAGUUCUUUCUAUUUUAAACCCAUCCAGUUCAGUCCUUGGUUAAAGAUACUGAGCAGUAGUCCACCAAAAACUGUAUAUUGUUUAUCAUCCAUAAACUAAGUUCUAUUAAAGCUCAUACAAUAAAUGGAAUGGUGGAGUUAACAGCACUCUGUUUUCUGUUACCACUAGAGGUUAGUAUUAGACCAGAUGUUGUUAUGGUGGUGGUGAGGGCAGUGGCAUUUGAACACUUCACAUUUUGAGUUUUGUUUAUCUAAAAUAAAAAUAAGUAAUUCCCAUGAUUUUUUUUUCAGUAUUAAUCAUGUAUUUAUUAGUCAUCUAAACAGAAUAAUUUUUGUUGAUAAAGUAGACUACUAUGUCUGUGUGCAUAUUUAUUUAAGAUAAUAAUGCAAUAUUAUAUCAUAGUGUAUUAAUAAUAAGAGAUUGUUUGUGGUUAAAUACUUUGAGACCCAGCCAUUUUCUGCAGUAGACUUUUGUUUUGCAUUAACUAAGUAGCUACAAAUAAAAGUGGUGUGACACGUUGUUAGAGUCGUAGUGGUUGCUAUUGUAAAAAAAAAAUCAGUAUUAAUGAGUAGUUUGCAACCUCUUUGGCUUUCAUAGCAUGAAAACAGUGUUAAAACAAGUUGAUUUCUAAGCACUUUAACAUGGUCAAUAACUUUGCAAUGUAUUUUAACAUUUUACUUCAGUCACAUCUUAGUAAAAUGUAUAGUUAAAGAUGAACACAGAUUUUUAAAAUGAUUUCCUGAAACCACUUGCUGCAUCUUUUGGUUACCAAAAUACAAAAGCAAAUCAUCUUGUUUUAUUUUAAGAAAUUAAAAUGCCUAAUGCAUAAAUGAGAUGAAUGAGACCCCCAAGAGCAUAAACUGUUUCCGUGUUUAAAAAUAAUAAUUAUAGUAAUAUACAGUAUAUAUAUUUUUUUUUUUUUCAAAAAAAAAAAAACACCACUGCCCAUUCUUCAUUGUCAUAUUCCUAAUUUCAUAUAUAUAUAUAUAUAUAUAUAUAUAUAUAUAUAUAUAUAUAUAUAUAUAUAUAUAUAUAUAUAUAUCAGGUCAUUUUCCAGAGUGUAAUGUCAGUUUGGAUGUAGCAACUGAAAAGGUUUGUUUAUGGAUUGUCUAUCCCUCACCUUAUUCUAAACUUAACCCCAGUGGGUGUAAGGCCCUGAUGUUAAUAUAUAUAUAUAUAUGAAAUUAGGAAUAUGACAAUGAAGAAUGUGCAGUGGUGUUUUUUUUUUCUUUUUUGAAAAUGCAUUAAUGCUGUCAAUACAUUUUCACCCCCAAAAAGCCUUUAAUGAGUAGAUCUUGAGUCUGUCGUGGUGAGGUUCCCAUUCAACAUGUGUUAAAGUAUAACAGACACGACUGUGAGAGUAUGAAGAAGGUUAAUUUCCGCAUAACUAAACCGUACACCAUUUGUGCUUUAGAGAAUCAAAACAGCUUUGCUGAUUUCCUUGUCAGGAUGUAAUGCAGUAUCACAGUUUCCUUUUUUUUAAUUUGGGAUUUUACAGUGCCUUCUAAUAUUUGAAAGUGCCAUUAUGUUUUAUUGCUGACACUUGGUUGGAAAAGUUUUUUGUUUUUCUCUUUUUAAUGUGACAACAAAAAAAAAAUUAAAUGUAUAUAUUAAAUGAGUUAUAAUCACUUUAUUGUUAAUCAUUUUAAUAUUAGUUGCAGAGAUGCCCAAUUGUGUGUCUGUACUGCUUAUAUUUACCCUCUGUACAAGAAUAGUCACACUGUUCCGAGUUUUGUAUUAUCGCUCAGUAAUCUGUAACUUAAUGUAUGUGUCAAUUGUAAAUAUUGUACAUCUGUUUCACCUUGUAUACAGUAGACUUCAUCUGUUUACACAUUUUAUUCAUGUAUUACUUUUAAAAAUAUAUAUAUAAGCUAUUUUAUUGUUAAACGUUAAACUCAAGCACUGUUUGUACUUCAUAUUCUAUUAAAUUAACAUUUUUAUAA